AUGUCCCUUAAAGUGACACUUGGUUUGUUUGUGACGUACCUUGCGCUUGCUAACGGAGCCAGCAUUUUAGACUAUCUGGACUGGGAUGGCGGUAAGAAACUGAUUGAUGUACCAGAGCUACGCAAUGAUCAGCCAAACAGGAACUGCAUGUGCAAAGGCCCAGCCUGCGUGUGCUGUGUUGAUUUCAACAUCACAUUCGUAGAUCUUGGUGGACCUGGAUGCGUACAUAUGAAAUAUGUGUCACCGGAAGAAGGAUUCUCGGUGAACGUGUCUUAUGGCAAAAAUCUUAUCCACACUUCUAAAAUACAAGGUGCCAAUCCAGCACCAAUAUGCCUGGAGGUCUUUGGGAAGUUUGCUCAAGUCUGCGCCAAGUUCAAUGACUUAGCUCCUACUGCAGACGGCCUUCGUGGUUGUCUUGAGCUUGAACCUAGAUUGCUUGGAGAAGCUCAACUGGAGUUCCCGAUCGGCUGUUUCAAAUCGACUGCUGGGGGAAUGGAAAUGGAAGAUCCUCCCGCAGAACCAGAAGAGGCGACUGAAGAAACCGCAACGGAAGAAAGCACUUUUGAUGUAGGAUUCUUAACGGACUUAGUUAUAACUGCGGAAAAGGGUAUCGCAUUCCUCAGUAACUUUCUAGAUAUCCCCACAAAAAGAAAUGAAACUACAACAAUCAAACCUAUUACUAGCACAGCUCAAGACAGUUCUCAAAGAAGGGCUCCAAAGAACAUCAAACACCCCAACCAUUUGUGA